AUGGCCACCUCCGACGAGGCUGUGAAGGAGAAGGUGCAAUUCUACUGCAAUAUGAAAUUGCUAACUCUCUACGAAGGAACUUAUGGUUGGCCUGGACAAGCAGUAGAUGCAGGGAGGGAUCCCAAUGGAGAGACUAGUUUUGACGACCUGAACGACAAGCCGGCAAGUGUCCCUUUUGAGCUACGAUUUCGCGACUGGAAGCUUGGCGCCGUUAAGCUAAAGCUCCCGCCCCAGCUAAAGAAGAAGGGGAAAGCCGCUAAGAAGAAGGAGACUGUAGACCAGGACUUGGAUCUGGAGCGCAUCAGAAGCUUCAUUGGGUACGCCAUCAUGAAGGAGCUUGGGAUCCGGGACCUGAUGUACAGCGAGGGUACGGACGAGGUUUGCCGAAAAAUCGACCUCUCCCACAACUAUCUCUACACCAACCUUGGUGGGUUCUCCCCAGUCAGCUGGAAGAGUCUUAACCUCAAGAAGCUCCCCGAUGCCUAUCAAAUUGUCCCUCAUCCUGCUGUCCCUUUUGGUCAGACGUUCCGCUCUACAACGAUGUAUAGAUCAGACUACUGA